CUUAUUAUUGGCUCCAAACCUCCACAACUCGGCCCCAACCCACAUCCCAUGCUUUGAGUUUUUGACUGAACUCGUCACCCACCUCUCUCUCUCUCUCUCUCUCUAAACGCUUUUUUAAACGCUUCCGGUUUACAAUUUACGGAGAAGACACACACAAUCUCUGGCUCUGUCCUCGGUCUCUCUCAAAACGCUUUUUAAGCUUCUAAUUUUCAUUUCUUUAACCUUCUUCUUCUACUUCUGUCUGGCUUCCUUCCAUGACGUUUAGCUCGAAAUCUCGUCGUCUUCUCCUGUGGUUUUUGUCGUUUUGUUUCACCUCGAUCGAGGGAUGCAGGGAUUAGUAUUUGGGAUGUUGCAUUCAACUUUCCCGCUCUCGAAAAAAUAAUGAAAAUUUUCUCAAGUGCUAUCUCGUUCAUCAGAAAGUAAAAAUGAAUACCAGAGUCCGGACGACGUCGCAGACCAUGAAAGCUCCAAUGAAACAUGAAAAAAAGGAGAAGAUGGAAUUUCAGGAGAACAGAUUAAUGGAUUCCCAGAAAGCAACUACAAGUAGACGUCACUCAAGCAGAGAAAGGAAAAUGGUGUUACUACAAGAUGUUGAUAAACUAAAAAAGAAGCUUAGGCAUGAAGAGAAUGUUCACAGAGCUCUGGAGAGAGCUUUCACAAGACCUUUAGGAGCUUUACCUCGUCUUCCUCCUUACCUUCCUCCAUAUACAUUGGAGCUUCUUGCCGAGGUGGCUGUUUUGGAAGAGGAGGUUGUUCGGCUUGAAGAGCAGGUUUUGAAUUUCAGACAAGGCCUCUAUCAGGAAGCUGUCUACAUAUCAUCCUCCAAGAAGAAUACUGAGAGUCUGAAGGAACUCUGUGAGCCAUACCCAUGUCGCAAUUCCAAACAGGAACAAGUCAAGGCUUCCUCUCAAGCUGAAUGCAGUUUGGCGACCUCCAUUGCAAGGAUUUUACCCUCUGUCCUUGUCAAUUCUUCGGCUUCAACUCAAUUGGCUUCUGAGCCCAUUCCCAAUCGAACAGGGCAUUGUGCUAUUCGUUCCACAAUUGAGAAACAACUCUCGAGGAGAACUCAUUCAUUUUCAGCUUUUCUGGAAGAUGGGCGUGGAAAAGAGAAUCAGUCCUGCACUAAUUCAACAAAGAAUAAUAAGCAAUCUCCAAAAGACACAGAUGCUAAAGUCAAAACUCAAGUAAGGAGGCCACCCUCCAUUGAGCAUAGAUCAGUAGAUAAGCGUUUGGAUCCUCUGAAGCUUCAGAGAGAAUGUGGAGUCAAUGACCAAGAGAGUGCUGAAGAGAGCAAUUCAGUUAUUCCCGAAGAAACAAUACCAGGAGGCGGAAGUAGCAGUGCUAACAAAAUUUCUGAGGACAUUCUGAAGUGCCUGUCAAGCAUUUUCUUAAGGAUGAGCAGGCUCAAGAAUAAGGGAAUGGAAUUUGAUAUUUUGCCUGCCUUUUCGGGAUUAACAUCUAAUAGAAGUUCUGAAGAAAUAGAGUUCAUAGAUCCUUAUGAUAUUUGCUUGGAAUUUGGAAAGAGAGAUAUUGGUCCAUAUAAACACCUAUGUGUGAUUGAAGUUAGUUCAAUCGAUCCAAAUCGAACAACAAACUCUUUGUUUCUAAUCCGGAGACUGAAGCUGCUCCUUGGAAGACUUGUGUCUGUCAACUUGCAGGGUCUUACCCAUCAGCAGAAGCUUGCAUUCUGGAUCAACAUAUAUAAUUCCUGCAUGAUGAAUGCUUUCCUCGAGUAUGGGAUACCUGAGAGUCCUCAGAAGGUUGUUGCAUUGAUGCAGAAGGCAACAAUAAAUGUAGGUGGUCACUUGCUGAAUGCGCUGACAAUUGAGCAUUUCAUCCUGAGACUGCCUUACCACUCAAAACAUACCUAUACGAAAGGUACAAAAAAUGAUGAGAUGACUACACGUAAUAUCUUUGGCCUGGAGUGGUCUGAACCCUUGGUUACAUUUGCACUUUCCUGUGGAAGCUGGUCAUCUCCUGCGGUGAGAGUGUACACAGCAUCACAGGUUGAGAAUGAGCUAGAAGCAGCUAAGAGGGAUUACUUACAAGCAGCAGUCGGUAUUUCAACAUCAAACAAAUUGGCUAUCCCCAAACUGUUGGACUGGUAUCUACUCGACUUUGCAAAGGACUUGGAGUCAUUGCUGGAUUGGUUGUGCCUCCAGCUACCUACUGAACUCAGGCAGGAAGCAGUUAAGUGCCUGGAAAGAGGGAGAAGAGAGCCUAUUUCACAGGUAGUACAAGUGAUUCCAUAUGAGUUCAGUUUCAGGUACCUACUACACCAAUAAAAGAUUUUUUCUUCCUCAUGUAAUAUUCAGUCUAAACAUUUUUUAAGGGCGUUGGGAUGAAGAGUCUGUACACAGUUACACUGAAUAUAGAAAAAAAGCAAAUAUAUAAUUUAUCCAUCUGUAUGUAAUUGUUUUGGGUGUGGGGAUCCCUUUAUUGUAUUUGUUUCUGGAAAAGAGCUUUACAUGAAAAAAGGCCAUUUCAUUGAGUUCA